UUGUCUGUCCAUUGAUGUUGUCAGCAUUGUUUUUGUCCCCCUCUAGUUUCUCAGGUUCUUCGUGCCUUUUAGAUUUUGCUUACCCUCCUUAAUAAAAGGACUUUUUUUCUUACAACCUCUCUCCUGCCUCGAGUCGUUCUGGGUUUCUGCAUUUUGGGUACGACCUCCUUCUGCCACAACAUGACAUAUUUUGGGGAUAUAUAAAUCCUUUAGGUGAAAUACAGACUCGGAUUAUUUGUUGAUGGAAUGGUAAAGGUUCAAUCAAUAUUUACAAAAUUCAAUCUUGUAUUUAACCACAACUGUUUUUCUUUGAGCUCAAACUAAUUUUGGUUGCACGUUUAUUGCUUUAAAUAUUAACUUGUUAAACAGAGUAAAAUUGUAGUACUUUUUACUGAUUUUCUACUCUCACUAAUUCCCAUAAGAAAUAUAUUUUCAAAUGUGAGUGCGUGGCAGCUUGUUGGAAUAAAUACUUUAAUAUGCCUUCUUAAAUCACAUUGUUUUUACUUUGUCUUUACCAUUCUGUCUGAUUUACUUAGAAUUGCUGCAUUCUUGGAGAUUUAGACCAAUUUUGCUGAGCAUGAUUUGUUUUGUAACGUAAAGGUCAAGUAUGUUCCUCAACGUGACCAGAAAUUAACUUUUUAAUUUGCAGACGCAAACACUCCAUCUGUCUGGUCUCCAAACAUGAAAGCACUGCACAAGGCCUUGUCAUCGGAUAAAGGAGAUAUUAUAAUUCCUAGCUACCUUAUCGUGGCUAGAACAAAAGUCAUGCGGGAGGCGAGACUUUUGCACUCACUCUGAAUAAAGUGCAUCUUCCUGGAAUCAUAAAUGACUUUUUAAAACUUGAUAAUUACAUUAGUGUCAUAUAAUCAUCUUUUAUUAAAUCCUGAAGUGUUUGAAUAAUGUGUUCAUCAAUCAAUGAUGUGUUAAAAUGAAUAUUUUUUCUUGUAAUGAUUAAUUUCAGAUCUUAAACUACACAAGAUCAGUAUUUGUUGGUUUAACAAGUUAAUCUGUCAGUAUACUCACACAUCAUGAGAUUAAUAUUUAGGUUUUAACAUUCACUUCACAUAACUGUUAUAACAUUUGCACUUCACACAAAGAGUUGACCUCUCAAUAUCUGUGAAGGAGUGACUUUCUGAGGUCUUUGUUAAUGCCCUCUUUACCCUCUCAGGCUCAAAAUAAGUUUUGAUAAAAAUGACGACCAACUAAGUGUCUCAGGGGUACUUCUGAAUUUAAAAAUGCUCAUGAAAUACGUUUGUGGAGUAACCAGGUAGGUAGGUUUUAACGUUGCAAAUCUGCAACGCCUUCCUUGGGUAAACGUGUCAAAUUCCAAUUUGUCUAAGUUUACAAACAAAAGUUAAUGAAAGCGAAAACACUUCCUAGUUCACCCAGUCUUCACCAUUCACUCGAUAAGGCCAAUUGGUUGAACAAGCAUUUUCAGACCAUCCUAUCUUUUGACCUCAAGGUCAAAGCCUCUGCAAUGCUUUUGAGUGAUUUUAAACAAAAUGACUCUUUUAAGAGCCACCCGAUACCUCAGAUAGACAUUCUAACCUGCAGACCCUGGUUGCACAUCAUGGCUGGACUAACAAUCUAAAUUAAAAUGACUUUUUUUCUUGAGAGCCAAAGAAAAGUUUCCACCACGGUGGACAAUGAAGUUUAUUGUAUUCUAAAAAGGAACUGCAUCUCUUUAGUUUCCUGUGGUCUCGACGUCCUGUGAACCUCACUUUCAUUCAAACUGCCACACAAUGGGUGCGUAAACCCUGCACAAUUGUGUCAGAUGGUUUUAUGAAUAAAUCUCUAGCUUAUCAAACCAUACAGAAAAAUGUGAUUUUACCAUCCAGACUCCACAAUCUCUCUAAGAUAUUUAUAAGGUUUUGCUAAAAAAAAAUCUAGCUUUCAUUCCGUCAUUCCAUUCAUCAUCUGUUAUCUGUACAAGCAUAAUGUCAUUCAUACGUUGUCAUGUACAAUCAUUAAGUUUAGGAAAAGAGAAUAAAAAUAAUUGUUAUAAAUGUAUGCUUGACUCUUUCUGAAUUAGUUUGAAGUGUGUGUUCCCUGAAUAAGUCAUACUAAAGUCUUCUGAUUAAAUAUUCAAAGACCAAUCAGAUUGAUAUUUCAUAUUUAUAUGUACUAUUACAUAUUAUUGAUCAUGUACUAUAUGUAGUAAAUCCUUAGCUGCAGUCUUCUGAGCACUCCACUAUUUAUAUAACCAUGAAUCUGAAAUAAUACUUUUGAUUGAGGAAGGGAGUUGCUCAAACGCUAGCCUUGGUGCUGAAACCGUUUUAAUUGUUUUCAUAGCAGGCAAAAACUUUUCUGUCAGUGUCUUUUUUGCUUAAUGAUGAUGUUAGAACCAUGCCAUCAUACUUUUUAGUUCUAAAUGUUUAAAGCGUGUGCUGCCUGUCAUAUCUUCCAUCUACUAAAUGUUGUCCUACUUCUAAAUAAAGAAUUAGUUUCUUCAUCUAAAUAUUAUUUUAAAUUCAUUAUCAUUAAAUAACAUGUAGACUUGCUUCUGAAGUAAAAGGAAAAAACGCAUGGUGGCAGUGUAAAAUACAAUUUCACUCUGAAACAUAUGCCGGGGUGGAUCUGUGGUUCCACCUCGUUAUUAUUGUCUGGGGUUCGGUGAGUCUCGUCUUUGUGGCUGCUCUGUCCAAAGGAUCGGUUUCUGCUCGCUUUUGGUUAUGGCUUAAUUAAAAAUUGAUGCUUGGAUCUUGCUUUAAUUGAAGAUUUUUUUCUCAGUGUGGUGGAUUACUGAUGAAUCUGAGGUGAAUAUGGAACAAAGACGAGGCGAGCCGAAACGGGCGCGAGGAUAUCUGGUUGGAUCCGUUGUCGCGCUGCUUUUGUGGAGCGUCGCCUCUGCGCAGCUGAGGUACUCCAUCUCAGAGGAGGUGAACGAAGGAACUGUGGUGGGAAACAUAGCAAAGGAUCUGGGAUUAGAUAAGAGCUCUCUACGAGACAGGAGGUAUCGGAUUGUUUCCAGUGACGCAGACCCUCUUUUUCAUGUGAAUCAGAAUGACGGAAUCCUCUACGUGAGCAGAAAGAUAGACAGAGAAAAGGUGUGCGCGCAGGGCGGCGCGUGUUCAAUUAACCUAAAAACCGUGCUGGAAAACCCACUGGAGGUCCACUACGUCCGGGUGGAGGUGAUGGAUGUUAACGAUCAUUCUCCCAGCUUCCAGGAGAAUGAAACCACGCUGGAGAUUUCAGAGUCCGUCUUGCCUGGAGCGCGAUUCCAGCUCCGAGCAGCAGGGGACCCAGAUAGCGGUCAUCUCUCUGUGCAGCAAUAUAAACUCAGCCAAAACGAGCAUUUUCGUUUGGAAAUUAAAGAUAAAGAAGAUGACGGUAAAAUACCUAUACUGGUUGUUCAAAAACCAUUAGACAGGGAGACAGCAGGGAGCCACUUAUUGGUUCUGACAGCUUUAGAUGGUGGAAAACCUCCAAACACCGGUACAGUGAAUAUAAUAAUAAACGUUUUGGACAUUAAUGAUAACGCACCAGUUUUUUAUGAUGAUAAUUAUCCCAUUAUGCUGAAUGAAAAUCCCAGAUCAGGAACAAAAGUCACAAAAGUGAAUGCAACAGAUUUAGAUGAAGGGACAAACGGAGACGUGGUUUACUCAUUAAGCAAAACUAAUAAACCAUAUAUUCUAAACCUGUUUGAAAUGAAUCCAGUUACAGGUGAACUUUCAGUCAAAGGUUUUAUAGACUAUGAGGAGAAAGAUAAAUACGAGUUAGAAAUUCAAGCAUCAGACAGAGGUUUUGCUCCUCUCACAACAGAAAAAAGCGUUAAAAUUAAAGUAAUUGACAUAAAUGAUAAUGCUCCUGAGAUUGAAGUGACCUCAUUUUCUAGCUCCAUCCCUGAAGAUUCUAGACCAGGAACUACUGUUGCUCUGAUCAGUGUAAACGAUCUGGACUCUGGUCUUAAUGGAAAAGUUAUUUGCUCGAUAAAUCAGGAAGUUCCUUUUAGUUUAUCUCCAUCCUUACAAGAUAAAAUGUUUUCAAUUGUCACCAAAUCUCCUUUAGACAGAGAGAAACAGUCUCAUUAUGAUUUGACAAUAACUGCAAAAGAUGCAGGUCAGCCACCAUUAUCAUCUGAAAAGACAAUACGUGUUGUUGUGUCUGAUGUGAAUGACAACAGUCCAGAGUUUACACUGAGUCCAUAUACUUUCUAUAUCACUGAGGGCAACAACCCAGGGGCCUCAGUGUUUUCUGUGAAAGCCUCUGAUGGUGAUGAAGGAGAUAAUGCAGUCAUCUCUUAUCAUAUUGUCAGAGACAGAGAUGAACGCAGUAAAUUAACUUCAUUUCUAAACAUAAACUCAGAAACUGGAGACAUUGUGGCUCUAAAAAGUUUUGACUUUGAAACUUUGAAAACGUUCAAGUUCCAAGUUGUGGCCUCAGACUCUGGAAGUCCGUCCCUGAGCAGCAACGUGACAGUGAACGUGUUCAUUCUGGAUCAGAACGACAACGCUCCAGUCAUCCUGUAUCCAGUCAGCUCCAACGGUUCUGCUGAAGGUGUGGAGGAGGUUCCCCGCAACGUGAACGCAGGACACUUGGUGACUAAAGUCAGAGCCUAUGAUGCUGAUAUAGGAUAUAAUGGCUGGCUGCUGUUCUCACUGCAGGAAGUGACUGACCACAGUCUGUUUGGUUUGGACCGCUACACAGGACAGAUCAGAACACUUCGCUCAUUCACAGAGACAGACGAGGCUGAGCAUAAACUGCUCAUCCUGGUCAAAGACAAUGGCAACGUUUCACUGUCAGCAACAGCUACUGUCAUUGUCAAAGUGGUGGAGCCCAAAGAGGCUUUUGCAGCUUCUGAUGUGAAGAGUUCAACCAAAGAUGAUGGGGAGACUGAUGUGACUUUUUACCUGAUGAUCACUUUGGGCUCAGUGUCGGUUCUGUUCCUCAUCAGCAUCAUCGUGCUGAUUGCAAUGCAGUGCUCCAAGUCCACAGAAUAUACUUCUAAAUAUCUCCAAGAGGCUAAUUAUGAUGGGACACUGUGUCACAGCAUCCAGUACAGAUCUGGAGACAAACGCUACAUGUUAGUAGGACCCAGGAUGAGUGUAGGAUCUACUAUAGUACCUGGAAGUCACGCAAACACUCUGGUGCUGCCUGACAGGAGGAAAACUUCUGAGGAGGUAAGAUGAGCUUUUAUAUAUAUUUUCCUACUAUGAUAAAAAUAAAAAUAAAAUAAAAAAACAAAUGUCCUCAAUUUUUAUUUACCCUGCUAAAUUGAGUAAAAUAAGUUAAUCUUGAGUGUUGUCAUCAGAUUACAGCCCUUUGUUCAUUUCAGUACAUUUGAAUAUCAGUUCUAUCAGUGGAAACUGGGUUUUCGUAUAUUUAUUUUCAUCAUUUAAAAACAUUUUACAAUUGACAUUUACAUUUCAAAAUAUUUAUUCAUAAUUUAGCUUCUAAAAAGAUUAAUGACCUCACAUAGAUUUAGGCCUAUGACAUAGGCUUUAUAUAUACACGCAAAAUCAUUUAACUAUCUGUGCAUGGU